UAGUAAAGCCCAAUUAAAAGGCAGCAUGCUAUUCUCAGUUCCUGUUUAAGUCACUCAUAGAGCAAAGGGGAAGCGGCUAAGGUUUUCUUCCUCAUUAUUUGGCUGAAAAUUGGGAAUAAUUUAGUGGGAAGGAGAGGCUACAAGGGAGACGUACUCAUCACCCGAUCGGCACCAAUUUAUCUUGAGUUGCAGUGAUUUCUACUCAACUUCUUCAUCAACAAAAUUGAAAGUUCAUCUCUUGUCAAGUGAAAAUUACGAAGUCUUGGUGAUUGGCCAAUGUUCUAUGAUGGCCUUUGUCACAACUGCUGAAGUUUGUGAUUCAAAUCCACAGCUUAUUGUGAGUGGCGAGCUCCGUGCCCUCCAGCCAGUUUUCCAGAUAUAUGGAAGGCGCCCAGUCUUUUCCGGACCAGUCGUUACUCUGAAAGUUUUUGAAGACAAUGUUUUGGUUCGUGAUUUUCUUGAGGAGAAAGGUAAUGGAAGAGUUCUGGUUGUUGAUGGGGGUGGUAGUUUGAGGUGUGCAAUAUUGGGAGGCAAUCCUGUGGUGCAAGCUCAGAACAAUGGAUGGGCAGGUAUUGUAGUCAACGGCUGUAUAAGGGACGUAGACGAAAUAAAUGGUUGUGACAUUGGGGUGAGAGCUCUGGCUUCACAUCCAAUGAAAGCAAAUAAGAGGGGGAUCGGAGAAAAGCACGUUCCGAUUACUAUAGCUGGCACUAGAAUAUGUGACGGAGAAUGGCUCUAUGCAGAUACCGAUGGUCUUCUGAUUUCCAAAACCGAGUUGUCUGUUUAAGAAUACAUGGAUGCUGGGAUUGCAUUAUUCAUCAUAAAUUUGCAACUAUCUGCUUUUACUCGGGGGUAUGCCACUAUGCUUUGAUUGCUGUCUAUUGUAAUUUUAGUACUUGAAACUCGCAUCGAAUGCCACUAUGCUUUGGUUGCUGUCUUUUCUAAUUUUCGUACUUGAAACUCUCAUCGAUUUUACUUUGCUUUGUUCCAUUUUAUGAAUAAACUAGAACCACGAAGUAUGUAAUGUAUUUUUGUGCUUUGAAAUGUCUCUUUACUUAA